AUGCGGUGCGCAGUCGAUAUUAGCGCGCCCGCCGUGUCGGUCGCUGUGCUAGACGCGCGGUUCGUGCUCGCGGCCAAGGCGACGUUGAGCUUUGCCGACGAUGCGCAGGAGCAGAGCCUCGUCUACAGCCGCAAGACUCUCCGCGACGCCGAGGGCAAUGAAGUCGCGACCUUGCGCCGCACAACAGGCGUCUGCUCCACGUCCGACGAGACCUUUCUCGUCGAGAGCGCGCUCUUGGCCCAGCCCGCAGAGAUUGUCAACACGACGGGCUGGAGCUGGUUGACGCUCACGCAUACGUGGCGCCUCGACGACCACGGGUCUGCGCUCAGGAUCGCCGGCCGCUUCUACUCAUCCAACGCGACCAUCUCGGUGCUUCUCCCGACGCGCGAAGUGCUGCAGGUCGCCACUGCUAGCCGCCGCCUCCAGACCGUGACGCUGGAACGCGGUGUCGACGCGGCCGCAGUGCUCCUCCUCUGCCGGACGUGGUCGCACGCCCAGCGCGACUUGAUGGCGAGCACAUUGGUCGCCGUCCCGCUGCCGAUCUUCGUGCUCGUCUCGUUCUUUGUUGCGGUUCCGUACCAUUGGCCUGUCUUUGCCGGAAUUCUGGUUCUUGAGAUUGCGCUGUCCCUCGUGCUUACGGCUCGCUUCCGUGGGUAA